AUGGACGAUGAUGGAGGUCCUCAAGCGGAGCGAUCACGCCGUCUGCAGGCUCAAGGGCGCCUACAAAUUCAGGAUCAGUCACAGCCACAAGUUCAUCCUCUUGCACAUGUCAAAAGCGCUACAGGUCCUUCACCUUGCGUCUCUGGCUGCUGCUUGGAAAGCGCGCGACUUACGGAUGAAAGAGACUUCCUCCGAUCUUACUCCGAGCGAUUGCUAGUACAGCUACGCGGUAUACUUCAACGUCACGGCGAAUCAGAUCGGAUAAGAAAUUUAGCAGAAGUGACAGAAAGUAACAAUGAGCCGCACGAACGUCUAGCGCCGUGGCUGACGGCCUCCGACUACAUGAAUCCGCUACUGCAGGCUUAUGACCUUAAGAUUCAAGAAUUGAAAACUGCUCUUUUAGAUAGCAAGAAAGCUUUAGACCGAGUGACAACACGAGCUGAAGAGUAUGUUAAGGAAAAUACGAAAUUGAAGGAAGAGCUGGGAGGUGCAGGAGAGAAGAUGCUGCUGCGAAUGCAGAAUUAUCCGAAGGGAAUGCAACUUGACGAGAUGAUGCAAGUACAGGAGAAUGGCGACUUUUUGCAGGAGAUGAACGAACGUAUUGACGUAUUGAUGGCAGAAAAUAACAUGCUGAUGGAGCAAGUUUCACUUCAAGACAAUGAGCUUGGCGCAAUGAAGACAGAGCUUACAGAUAAAGAUCAACAGCUGCAGAGUAUUGGGCAGAAUCUGAAUGAAGCCACGCAAGCACUGCUGGAGGUGCGUGACGCUUGUACGCAUAUUCGAGAGGAGAAAUUGCAUUGCGAACGGCAAUUACAGCGGUAUGCGGCAUCAGUCGCACAGCUGGAGAGCGCUAAAGAGACUUUGACGACAAAAAUCGAUACAGCACGCCGAGAGCGAAGCGAAUUAGAGAGUAAGCUUGAGGAAUGUACGGAUUUGAUAGAGAAGAUGAAACGAGGCAGUGAAUGCAAAGAUGAAGCAUUUUCGACGCGUUAUCAAAACGUUUGUGUGCGUCUGCGUGAACUUACGGAUGCACUUGAUACAAAAGACAAAGCUAUCGACGAAUUGAAAGAGCGAAACAGCGAUCUACAAUCAGAACUCGAUGCCGUGCGACAGGAUUGUGAAGGCAUACUGAAUGUUUUGAACAGCAUGGAGAAACAGCUGACGCAAUAUAGUGCACGAGAGGAAGCCGUAGCUGAGCUGGAAGUGAAGUGCAAAACAAAAGCUGAAGAAGCAAUUUUAGAAAAAGAAGAGGUGGCUGCUCGUGAGUUGCAGAGUCGACGGGAGAUAGCGCGACUACUGGAACGACUUCGUCAACAAGCUGCAGAUUACGUAAAACUCAAAGAUGAGAGUCUGAGUACGCUAGCCCGGAAACACGAGACAGUCAUGAGCAGUCGAGAGCAAGAGAUCAAAACCUUGAAUGCUGAGCUUGUUGCUUUACGCUUGAAAAUAGAGGUGGCAGUCAGAAGCCAAAAAGAUCUCGAUAGGAAACUUGCCGAUUCUGUUCGUCUCUCCAAGGACGCAGGUAUUUCAUUCGAGAAUAAAUUAAGGCAUCUUUCGGAGCGUGUUGCAACAGCGGAAGAGGCUCGCGAUACGCUAAGUCAAAUGGAAGUCGAAUACCUUGAAAGAAUACGAGCUAAAGAUGACGCGUUAUCAAAAUUGCGGGCUGAAACUCGUGAACGAGGACAGGAAUUAAGUGAACGAGUGGCUUCGCUGGAGCGCGAACUACAAAUGCGUCGCCUCGAGGCACGCGAAGCGAAAGACGAAAGCGAAGAGCAGCACCGUAAGGUUCAGCUACUAAACGAUCAGUUGAAUAAGGUUAAGGCAGAUUGUGCCAACCGAUUUAGUAGCGAGUUCGAAAUAUUACAUCAGCAGAAUCAAGAUUUGAAAGCCCAGACCGCUGAGCUAGAGUACAAGUUAUCUUUGGCAAAGAAAGAAGCGGCAUCAGUCGUGAGCAAUACCCGCAGCGAGCGAGAAAGGAGCGAAGUUCGUCUUGUGGCUGAAAUUGAGAGCUUGAAAGAGAGGUUGCAAUCCUUAAAAGAAGAGAGAAAGCGCGCCGACAAGUGCCAACAGGAGACAGACUCUCGCUGUUCGGUUCUCUCAUUGCAAGUUCAGCAACUCAGCAGAGAAUUAGAUGAUGCAAAAGAUUUAUUGAUAGAGCAGGAACAGGCAUGCGAGUAUAGUGACCGGAAGGUGUCGGAGUUAAGUGCUCAACUCACAGCAGCACUGUCAAAACAACAGCAAUGCUAUCGACAAGAGCGUGACCUUCGCACAGCGCUGGAACGGAUGACACUAGAAAGAGCACGGAUGGAGCGGGAGAUCACGCUCGGAACAAAGUCGACGAAUUCCGCAAUAGUAGCUAUCCCUUUCUUCCACUGUCACAUCAACGGAUGCAAUCCGAAAAGAUCGAAGGAAAAGGAUUUUCAGAUAAAGCUCUUCGAAAUGGGAAAGCAGAUAGUUUUGAGAGAGUGA